GGCAGGCGCGCUUUCUCCGCUUCCGUCUGAGCGGGAAGUCCAAAACGCGGCUGUGUGGCUAUGGCUGCCCCGAUUUUGGAUUGUGUUUUGUUUCUGAGGUAAUUUAGUGCGAGGCGAGGAUUAUUCCGCUGUGAAAGGCGCGGCGAAGCCUUCAAUCCAGCCAGGAUUUUUUCCAGUUCCUCCGAAGAUAAAUUCUUUUCUUCCACGAAAAAAGCAGGUUGAUCAGUUCUCAAAAUGGGGACACCUAUAUUGAACAAACCUAGAUCAUCCUGCAGUCCAGAGAAUUGUGACAGUUUUGUUCAAAGCAGCAGCUUAGGGAAACAGCUAAUGAGCACAACCCUACGAGAACGGUUGAAGAAAACAAGAAGAUCCUUUCAUUCAAAUGUUCUUGUAGCCAAACAACUUAAAAUAGAUGAUGAAAACAAUAGUAACCAGAAGGACAAAACUUUAUCUAAGGAAGAACCAUAUUCUGUAUCACAUGUUGAAGAUAAAUGCUUGGAAAAAGUUCCUGAUGAAACUAUGUGUUUGAAGAGUUCUGCACAAGACAGAGCACUUAGUAUAUCUGAAUAUACUGGAUAUAAUAAAACUGCGCACAAUUCUUCAGAAGUUAAUUUACUGGAGACAGACUGUAAACAAUGGGAGCUGUUGGAGGAAAAGGUGACAUUAAUGAAGCAGCUUCAGGAAAAAGAGGACCUCCUUCGAAGACUUAAAUUGGUCAAAGUGUACAGAUCAAAGAAUAACCCAACAGAGUUACAGUUUCUGAUAUCAAAAUGGAGAAAGAGUUCCCAAGCAGUGCUGUAUGAACUGCAAUCAGCCUUAUCUACUGAUAACAAGAAAUUAAGUCUGACUCAACUGAUUGAUAGUUUUGGACUAGAUGACAAACUCUUACGUUAUAUCCGAACAGAUGAAGAUUUUACAGAUCCAUAAUAUUAGUGUUUUAUUUCACUCUUAAAAAUAUAUCAAAAGAUGAGUAUUUUCAAGAAUUGAAUCUAAGUCUUGAACUGUAUCACUGGAUUGUUGUAAGAACCUGCUAUCCCUCUCUUUUAUGCUUUUUCAGUCAAUCCUCUAUAUUUAAAACCUGGCCAUCUCUCCCUCCUUAAUUAAUACAUUAAACUCCCAGACUCUGCUGAUAUGACCUUCUCAUUUGUUUCUUAACUCAAUCUCUCUCUUCAAAUUGCAAUCUUUUUCAGCUACUUUCUUCUGCCAAGUUGCUUUGGGGUACUUCUCUACACCCCAGGUUAUGUUUCUGUUCCUUGGUGAGUUUUUAAUUCCACUACACAUCUUUUGCUUUUGUAAAACUGGAAUGCCUGAUUAUUCCAGUUGAGAAAUUUUAGUAUGACAACAGUAAUCUAUUACACAUACAAACUGGUAAAUUUAUUUAAUCAUAAAUGCAUUCUGACUAUAAAAUCCUUAAGGUGAUCAAAAUAAAUUACAACACAAUAUUUAUAAAGCUAUGUUAGUGUAAUAAAGAAUUAAGUUGGAGGAGAAAGGAAGGAAGGAAAACUUC